CCCCAACCAUCACUGCCAUCUACCGCGCCACCAUCAAACAUGGCUUCUCUGGACAAUGAGCCAGGCGAAGGUCGCUGUGUCAUGCGCGGAGACUGCGGCAAGGCCAGUCUAUUCUCCCCCUCACUCCCCUGCGCCGUCGACCACGUCCCCGCCAGCGCCCCUGACGCAGCAUUGCGCUCGCAGAUCGAAGCCGUCUGCGGGCCCGACCUCGCCCAAGGAGACGUAUGCUGUACCUCUUCGCAAGUAGAAGCAUUAUCUGCCAAUCUCCAACAAGCAGAGGCACUCAUCUCCUCUUGCCCUGCCUGUCGGAACAAUUUCCGCAACUUCUUCUGCUCUUUCACCUGCUCACCCAAUCAGGCCCAAUUCCUCGACGUUUCGCGUACGCAGAAGACGUCGAAUCCGGGACCGGACGGGGACAUUGCAGUGAAGAGUGUCGAGUACUGGGUAUCAGACGCCUUCCGCAGCGGCUUCUUCGAUAGCUGCAAGGACGUCAAGUUUGGAGCGUCCAAUGGGUUUGCGAUGGACUUGCUCGGGGGAGGAGCAAAAGAAGCGGAUGGGUUCCUCAAAUUCAUGGGAGAUGAGAAGCCCCUCGUCGGGUCGCCCUUCCAGAUCAACUUCCCACACGGCAAUGAGUCGAGCUUUGAUCCCCCGCCAAGGGCGUGCUCGGAUGAGGAUCUGGCCUCGAGAUGCGCCUGCGUAGACUGCCCAGAUGUGUGCACCGUGCUGCCUCACGUCGAUCCCCCGCAGAGGGGAGAUAGGUGCACGGUGGGUGCUAUCUCGUGCUAUAGCUUUGCGCUCAUCAUCGUCUAUGCCCUGGCGCUCCUCGCCACCAUGGUGGGAUACGGUGCAGGCAAGUCGAGGAAGAAGAGGCGAAGGCGCAUGGGCAUCACGCAUCGAGCCAGCGGGAUUAGCGUGGCAAGCGAGGGCAGUGGGUACGAGCGAGUCAGGCUUAGCGGCGAAGAGGAAGGCACUCCGAGCGAGGGCGGCAGCCUCGGGCCAAGCUCAGAUGGUGCAUCGUCAGAACGAUCAGGUGGCGGAGGCCUACUUGGCGCCACUGGCCUCGGGCGCUGGGGCAGCGAUGCGACCCUCUCCCGCGGCCUCGCCUCGGGCCCCAUGGACGCCACGCAACCGCGCUCCUACGCUCUUGCCAAUUUCCUCAACUCCGCCUUCUACAAGCUCGGCAUUUUCGUCACCCACGCUCCCCUUCUCACCUUCGCCGGAGGGCUCAUCCUCGUCGCGCUGUGCAAUAUCGGCUGGUCGAGUUUCGUGGUCGAAACGGACCCGGUACGCCUUUGGGUGGCGCCCAACUCGGAGUCGAAGGUGAGGAAAGAAUACUUCGAUGAGCAUUUUGGACCCUUCUACCGGACGCAGCAGAUCUUCGUCAUGGAUGCGGAGGCGAAGGCCUUUGUGCAGAGCCCGGAUCAUCUGCAGAGGCUGAAUGAGGUGGGACAGCUUCCGCAAGCGUUGGACUUUGAGCGACUUCGGUGGUUGCAAGACGUCGAGGCUGCUGUCGGCCAGUUACGCUCAGAGCCGGAUGGCUACACGCUGGAAGACGUUUGCUUCUCGCCGACUGGACCAGGCAUUUGCGUUGUCCAGUCACCGCUGGGCUACUUUCAAGACGACCUCGACGGGUCAGGCAUCGACGAGACAAAUUGGGCAGAUCGACUGAACCGCUGCGCCCAAGCCCCCGCCGAGUGCCUGCCCCCCUUCGGCGCCCCCCUCAAGUCGAAUGUCAUCCUAGGCGGUAUACCGUCGACUAUUACCAACGGAAGCACGGAAGACGGCCGCCCCGGCCAACCGUCAGAUGCUCGCUCCGCCGUCGUCACUUACGUCGUCAACAACUCGCUCAAUGCAACCGAGGUAGCCAAGGCGCAGCAGUGGGAGCGCACUCUCGAGAACUUCCUGUUCGGCGUCGCAGGCGGAAUCCAUGGCGUGCCCGAGAAUGAUCUCGGACGACGUCGCCGCGAACUCGACCUCGAGGUCUCAAUCAGUACGGAGAGUAGCCUGCAGCAAGAGCUCGGCAGCUCUUCCAACACCGAUGGGCCCACCAUUGUCGCGUCGUACCUCCUCAUGUUCAUCUACGCUGCUUUGACCCUCGGUGGAGGCGGUCAUCGCCCUGUAGGCGGCAAUUCUCAGGGCAACAAGUGGCUCAGCUUCCUCCCUACACGGCAUCGCCUGCUCGUCCGCUCCAAGUUCACGCUGGGACUCUUUGGCAUCAUCAUGGUCCUCGCGUCCGUCUCCUCUGCCAUUGGCCUGCUCUCCGCCAUUGGUGUGAGCACGACGCUGAUCAUCGCAGAGGUGCUGCCCUUCCUCGUGCUCGCGGUCGGGGUGGACAACAUCUUCCUCUUGUCUAACGAGAUGGACCGCCAGUCCACGCUGGCUAGCACGGCGAACCCGUACUCUUCUGCUAGCCUGGCGCGCAGCGGGGCUUUGCCCUCUAUGCCAGACUUCGACUUCGAGAACGGGGACGAUGAUGACGAGGAGUACAGCGGCGCAAUGCAGCCCACUUACCACCUCUCAUCCAACGAACGAGCAGCGCGCUCUCUAGGACGUAUGGGCCCGUCAAUCCUUCUCUCUGCCAGCACGCAGAUCUCGGCCUUCCUCAUCGGCGCGCUCGUCCCCAUGCCAGCCGUGCGCAAUUUUGCGCUGUACGCGGCACUGAGCAUGUUCAUCGUCGUCUUUCUGCAGUGCACCUGCUUCGUCGCAGCUAUGAAGCUCGACGCCGAUCGCACGGAGAGUAGCAGGAUUGACUGCUUGCCCUGUCUCAAAUUGCCCGGCGCCAUCGCUCUCGGCUCAGGCAGCAUGGUACCGCACGCAAGCGAGGGAGUGCUGGGUCGCUUCAUUCGUCGCACAUACGCCUCGACACUGGUCAAGCCUUUUGUCAAGAAGCUCGUUCUGGUGGCAUUCAGUGCCCUCUUUGUCCUCUCCCUCAUCGGAGCGCACAAGGUAGAGAUGGGUCUAGAUCAGCGUCUGGCCCUGCCUGCCGACUCGUACCUUCGCGACUACUUCAAUUCGCUAGACGCCUUCCUCGAUGUGGGUCCACCGGCCUAUUUUGUCUCGCAAGCAGACGUGACGCACCGUCCAGGCCAGCAAGAGUUGUGCGGACGAUUCACAACAUGCGCUGACCUUUCAGUUGCAAACGUCCUCGAAGGGGAGCGCAAGCGCCCUGACGUCUCCUUCAUUGCCGAGCCAGCUUCGUCGUGGCUGGACGACUUCCUUACUUACCUGAAUCCUGUACUCGAGUCUUGCUGUCGAGUACGCAAGGCCAACCCCUCCCAAUUCUGCCUGCCAAGCGACCCAGACUUCCGCUGCAAGCCGUGCUUCGAGGGUCGUGAGCCGCCCUGGAACAUCACGCUGGACGGCAUGCCCGAGGAUGGGGAGUUCAUGCGCUACUUGGGACAUUGGCUGCAGAGCCCAACAAAUGAAGACUGCCCCCUGGGAGGACAGGCGUCCUACAGCUCUGCGGUAGACAUCAAUGCUGAGGGCAAGGAGGUCACAGCAAGCCACUUCAGGACGUACCAUACGCCCUUGCGGUCCCAAGCCGACUUCAUCGAUGCCUUGCGCUCAGCGGAGAGAAUAGUCGAGUCUAUCAAUGAGGCGAACCCGUCGCAGACCACCUUCCACUAUAGCAUCUUUGCCAUCUUCUUCGACCAGUACCUGCACCUACGCACGACUGCCGCUUUGGUCCUCAGCAGCGCCGGGCUCGCAAUCUUCCUCAUCACCUGGGUCCUGCUCGGCUCCUGGCGUACAUCAGCUGUAGUAGUCGCGUGCGUCAUCUCAGCCGUCACAGGCGUGGUGGGCUUCAUGGGCGCUGCCGGCAUUGGGUUCAACGCCCUCACCUUGGUCAACCUGACGGUCUGCUCAGCCAUCUGCGUCGAGUUCCAAGCACAUGUAGCCAAGGCAUUCAUGAAGGCUCCGUCCAGCCUGCCCCGCUCCCACCCUAUGGCGGGGAAGGAGAGAGACGAGAGAGCCUGGGCCGCUCUGGUCGAUGUGGGCGGAUCAGUCCUCUCGGGCAUUACGGGAACCAAGCUGGUGGGCAUCUCCGUCCUCGCCCUCACCAAGUCUGAGCUUCUCAAGCUCUACUAUGCCAAGAUGUGGGCAGCGCUUAUUCUGCUUGGAGCAUUGCACGGUCUUGUGCUCCUGCCCGUGCUGUUGAGCUACUAUGGUGGGAGUGGGUAUGCGAGCGAUGAGGAGGAAAGUGAAGUGAGGAGAAGGUUAUUGAGAGCGCAGGAUGCCGCGGAAUAUCGACCUUUUACAGCAGAAGAGGACGACGACGAGGAAGACGACGAGGAGGGAGGCAGCAUUGGCAGCGGGGGCAGUCGCUGAGCCGGAAGUGCUGUAGGUAUCAAUGACUUUCGCUUUCGCAUUUGUGGCCGCCUGGCCCUUUUGACCGGAAUUAGUAUCUUCUCUUUCGUCUAUUGGCU